AUGAAGCGCGCGUGCUACCACCCGGACAAGCAGACGGAGGAGAUGCGUGAAGCCAUGAAGGAGGAAUUCGUUAAGAUUACCAAUGCGUACCGCGUGCUGUCGGAUCCGGAGCGUCGCGAAAAGUACGACGUGUAUGGCAUUGCCGACGACCAGGGCUUCGAGAACUUCGAUGAGGCUGCUCGUUUCGCGGAGGACGGCGUGGAGGACUCGAUGGCGAACUGGGUUGGCCUUGUGGCCGUGUUGGCUCUCGGCAUCAUCCCCAUCGUCGUGAUGCAGCGUAACCGUACCAAACCUUUGAAAAAGAGACGUGAGGUAGAUGGCCCUACGAAGCCUAGCAAAAAAUAG